AUGCUUAAUUUAGAGAAACUCAAUACGGGUCUCUCCCGCAUUGUGAGUGUAAAGACGUAUCCCACUACCAGGCGACGGCAUCUCCCACGUGAUACGCGUGGUCGUGUCUUCCGUCUUGGUGUACUCCACAGUAAAGAAAUGACAGAAGCGAUGUUAUUACGUAAUAGACGUGGUUUUGUAAAUAGUCAAGUGAAUACAGUUGCUCAUGCCCCAUCACUUUAUCAUUGGCUUUUUCAUCGCUGUGGUGUUCCCUUCGCAGAGGCGCGAACACUCGCUGAAACAGGUGGUAUCAGCGCUAAUGGGAAUACUAUUGAUCGUGAAGGAUUGGAGAGACAAUGUAAUUGGGUGGAUAUGCAGAAAAUGGAUAUUCGUAUUCGAGUGGAGACGGCCUUAACAGGAAAAACAUCUGCUCCUGAUAAGGAUAAUAAUAAUAAUAAUAAUAAUAAUAAUAAUAAUAGUGGUAGUGGUUCAUCAUCCAUUAUGUGGGUACCUGCGUUAAAACGGGCACUACAUCGUCAGUACUUUUUGGUAUAUUUACAUCCAGGCAUUUCUAUUACAUCGGAUCAAACAGAUCCUCGAAGUUUUGUUCAUCGACUCACCCCACUCAUAGGAGAAACGGCAGGUAUUGGUAUGAAUAUUCUUCGACCUAUUGGUUUUAUGAAUGGAAUGAAAGGACUUGGUCUUGCCACUAAUGAUGUUUCUAUGGUUCGUUACUGGAAUAAUGAAUUCCUUGGAAACUAUGGUGUGUAUGAUAUUCGUUUUGCUCGUGGUGUACCAUCAGAAGUUGUCCAUAAUCUCGCUAUGGAAAUAAAUAAGGAUCUGGAUGCGGGUAUUCGUAAACAACUUUCAAAGGAUAUAAAGGUACCUUGUACCUGUACGGUAGAGCCUGUACUAGAUCUACAAAAACAGAAUAAGAAACAACAAUUACAAUCACAAUCACAAUCACAACAUAGACGUGAUGUUGUUUCUGAACUCUAUCGUAUUCCUCUUCAUAGUGAACGAUUACUUAUUUGUACACCAUUAUUACCUUACCGUGUAGCACGAAAAUUGCGACGGGCAGGUGGUGUAAUUACAUUAGUACGCUCUGGCCCGUUUGCAUUACCACCUUCACUUACUACAACGAAAUUACGGCCAUUAUCCCCACAAGAACUUGCUUUAAUGUUUACAUUUGAACGUAAACUUAAAACCAAUCGAGUUAUACUUAGUUUACGGGAAUUUGACGCUGAUGAUGGUAGUGUACCAGAAGUGACAUUGCCAUCUGUGUAA